AUGGGGGCACGGUGGCGGCUCGUGUUUUUGCAGCGUGCCGUGCUGGACGCGCACGAGUGCGGCGCUGGCGCGCCCGAGGAGCCCAGCUGGGCGAGGCACCUGGGCGCCGUGCUCGACCGCAGGGGCUUCGGGGCGGGCCUGGGACAGGCGUACCGGAGCCCCGCCAUCCCCGCCGCGAGCCUGCCGGCGGAGCGGCUGGCCUUCAACCCGGCGCGCCCGGCCGACGUGCCCGUCGUCGUGCGCCUGGAGGCGGCGGCGGAGUCGCCAGAGGAGCAGGCGUCCGUGCACUACGUGUACCUGUCGCUGCGCAGGACCCCGCCGGGGUGCGACCUGGGCGAGGGCGCUGUGGUGCGCCCGCCGCCGCAGUGGCGCGCGGAGGUCUUCGCGCAGAAGCUGCAGUACGGCGGGGGCUGCUUCGUGCUCUUCGACGUCUUUGGCGCGGC